UAAAGCUUCGGCUGUGUAACGUUAGUCUUGUAUCUCCCGUCCCUGUUCACCGUUCCAGCUCAAUCGUGUUCAUUUUUUCCCCUCUCAUUCUGCUGGAAUUCAUGAAUAAGAAACUGGAUCACUUUUGGCGUGUCUCGUUCAAGUGAGACAUCCUAAAACCCCUUAAACUUGAGUUUUGACUAGGUAUUCAUCAGAGAGUUUUGCUAUCUGGCUUUUUUGCCCCUUUCUUUCUUUGACCUUAAAUAUCUCCAACAUGGUGCCAUAAUCUAUUUCUCUUCUUCUCCUCUAUUAGUCUUUCGACUUUAAAACCUGAGUUGCAUCAUAACUGGGUGCGGCUCUGACCGAGGAUAUAAAAAAUGUCGACACUAAGGGGCAUUGUCGUAUUUUCUGGCGGAAGCGGGGCAAAUAGCCUUGUAGAUGUUUUCGGUGCAGUCCGCGCAAGUAAGGACUGCCCAUUAAGCUAUAUAAUACCCAUUAGUGACAAUGGUGGCUCUUCUUCCGAGUUGAUUCGAGUGUUUGGUGGGCCUGGGAUUGGUGAUGUACGGAGUAGACUCGUCCGUCUAAUUCCUGAUUGCCCUCCACAUUCUGAGAGGGCAGCAAUUAAAACCCUAUUCAAUCAUCGUUUAGCCCCAUCAGCGAGCACCGCACAUGCUGAAUGGUAUUCCAUAGUCGAAGGGACUUCACCGCUGUGGAAGACUAUCUCCCCAGCAAAGAGAGAACUAAUCCGUUCCUUUCUCAAUCUCCUCAAUCUGGAAAUCCUCAAGCGCGCAAGGCCACCAUCUUCCACCUUUGACUUCACCUCUGCCAGUGUUGGUAAUCUGUUCCUGACAGGCGCUCGGCUAUUCAGUGGCAGCCUUGAGAGUGCCAUAUACCUGCUGGGAAGUAUCUGCUCAGUCCCGACGGACGAUGUCCGUGUGAUACCCGCUAUAAACUCCACGUUUUCUCAUCACAUAUCGGCCUCCCUAGUCGAUGGCUCAGUCAUCGUUGGCCAAAACAGCAUUUCACAUCCAAGCGAAGCAACAGCCAUCCAACCAAUCCCAUCACUCAGAAGGCCCAGCCUGCUCCUUGCCGAUGGUGACGACGCUUGCUCCGACUCCGAUGACCUCCCAUACGAGGAAAGCCACCUACCAGGCUCCCUGCCUACGCUGCGCAACAAGAAUAUCACUUUCAACAAAACCGGGACGGAAGACCUCCCCUGCCGCAUCUCCCGGCUUUGGUACAUAAACCCAUAUGGCCAAGAGAUCAGACCCCCAGCCAACCCCCGCGUUUUAGAUGCAUUAAAUUCAUCACAAGCUAUAAUAUACAGCAUCGGGUCCCUCUAUACGUCUAUAAUACCCUGCAUAAUUCUCAGGGGUGUGGGAAAGGCCAUUGCUAACAGCAGUGCGCGCCAAAAGAUCCUGAUCCUGAACGGAUCCAUCGACCGUGAGACUGGCCCGGCACACCAACCUUUCACCGCACUAGAUUUUAUUGAAGCCAUUGUGCGUGCUGGCGAAGAGAGUCGUGGCCGGCAGCAUCAUCAUUUGCCGCUUUUAAGUGAAGAUAAAAGGGUUGAGAAUUCUGUGGAUCGCCUGCCAACCGUUUCGCUUCCGUAUACAUCAUACGUUACUCACGUAUUACAUCUUGAGGGUCCUGGCACGCCACGUGUAGACCGCGAACGUUUAGCUGGGAUGGGGAUUGAAUGUGUGCGGUUGUAUGGAAGGAAGGUGGAGAAUGAAUCAGGCGUGGUGGUGGGGAUGCGAUAUGACCCAACAGCUCUUACACAGGCUUUGGAAGUUGUACUGGGUAAGAAAGGCGAUGCGAUAGCUAGAGGGGGGCUGGGUGCUGCUAGGAGUAGGCGGAAUACAUUGGAGCCAUUGGGAGGUGUCGGCAAGCUGGAUGUCAAAGGAAACCAUGGCACCUUGUAAAUUGGGUUUAUGUGUUUCUAUGUUUGUUUACUGUUUCUGAACGGGCAGGCGUUGAUUGUAACCUGUGCCUUUGCUACACUGCUUCGAUAUCAUAUCUGUUUGGUCUUGCAGCAGCAGGGGAGAGAACUGCGGAUGAACUUGGCAAACAGUCCGAUAAGAACAUACCGGAUAGCUUCCGAAACGCACCUGGCCUGGUAUCUAAAAAACAAAACCAAAAAAUUUAAAUAAAAAAUACAAACAACGCAAUAUAAAGAAGCAUGCAGACGCCCCUUGUAGCCUAUGCCCUUGACUAUCCAGACCUAAACGCCGCCACAUUAUGCAAAUCCAACGGACCCAACCCUUCAUUCCGCUAUGCUAUUUAAUCAU